AUGGCCACUCUUUUCCAUCCCACCGCCGCAUUCUCCACCUCUCACAAACUCCACAUCCCAUCACCCAUCUCAGUGAGGAAAGGACAAAUCUUUGUUGUCAGAUCUGAUGCAAGGAUGAACAACCUCAUCUCAAGAGGAGCUCACAAGUCUCAGACUCAGAGGCUGCUUACUAAUGCAGUGGCGACUAAGGCAGACAAUUCUUCAUCAUCAAAAACCGGGCAUGAACUUCUCCUUUUCGAAGCCCUACAGGAAGGUUUGGAAGAAGAAAUGGAAAGGGAUCCUCGUGUGUGUGUCAUGGGUGAGGAUGUUGGUCAUUAUGGAGGAUCUUACAAAGUGACUAAGGGCCUAGCACCUAAGUUUGGGGACCUCAGGGUUUUGGACACCCCUAUUGCUGAGAAUGCCUUCACAGGCAUGGGCAUUGGAGCUGCCAUGACUGGUCUGAGGCCAGUUGUUGAGGGCAUGAACAUGGGUUUUCUACUUCUGGCAUUCAACCAGAUCUCCAACAACUGUGGCAUGCUCCAUUACACGUCUGGAGGCCAGUUUAAAAUACCAAUUGUUAUCCGUGGACCUGGUGGAGUUGGGCGGCAACUAGGGGCCGAGCACUCACAGAGACUCGAGUCAUAUUUUCAGUCAAUCCCUGGAAUCCAGAUGGUUGCCUGCUCAACCCCUUACAAUGCCAAGGGCCUGAUGAAAGCUGCCAUCCGAAGUGAGAACCCCGUGAUACUUUUUGAGCAUGUGUUGCUUUACAACCUCAAGGAGAGAAUUCCCGAUGAGGAGUACGUAUUGUCUCUUGAAGAAGCUGAGAUGGUUAGGCCUGGGGAGCAUGUCACAAUUUUAACUUAUUCCAGAAUGAGGUAUCAUGUCAUGCAAGCUGCCAAAACAUUGGUGAACAAAGGGUAUGAUCCUGAAGUGAUUGACAUCAGAUCUUUGAAACCAUUUGACCUUUACACAAUUGGCAAUUCAGUGAAGAAAACUCAUCGCGUGCUAAUUGUUGAAGAGUGUAUGCGCACAGGUGGAAUUGGUGCUAGCCUGACAGCUGCUAUCACUGAAAAUUUCAAUGACUAUUUGGAUGCUCCCAUUAUAUGUUUAUCCUCUCAGGAUGUGCCAACGCCAUAUGCAGGGACAUUGGAGGAAUGGACAGUGGUUCAACCUGCUCAGAUUGUCACAGCAGUCGAGCAGCUCUGCCAGUAA